AUGGGUGCGACAACACUUACACUAUUCGGCCUCGCGGCCUUCGCCUCCGCAGUAUUGGCCCAGCAAUUCCCUGGGGACUUCCCGGGCAAUGGGAACGGCAACGGCUUUGGCAAUGGCAACGGCGGCAAUGGGUUUGGGGGCGGUAACUUCAACAACAUCGUCGGCUUCAACAUUCAGGAGGCCAUGCACACACGGAGAGUCCACGGCAUCCUGGGCACCAUCGCCUUUGUCAUCGUCUUCCCUAUCGGCUCCAUCGCUAUGAGAAUCGUCCCUGGCCGCUUCUCUUGGUUCAUCCACGCCCUUGUCCAGAUGGCCGGCUUCGUCCUGUACAUCGCCGCCGCCGCACUGGGCAUCAAGUUGACCCAAGAGGUCAGGUUUGGGAACACGAGUCUGUACGAGAUCAGCACUAUCAACUUCCACCCCAUCAUCGGCCUCAUCAUCCUCGCCAUCUUCUUUUUCCAGCCUCUCUUCGGUUACCUUCACCACGCGCAGUUCAAGAAGUACGGUGUCCGCCAGAUCUGGUCGUACCUCCACCUCAUGGUCGGCCGCCUCCUGAUCCCGCUAGGCAUCAUCAACGGCGGUCUGGGGCUGUACAUCUCUAACUCGCCCAAGGCGUUCAAGAUCGCCUACUCCAUUCUCGCCGUCGUCUUCGGCAUCGCCUGGAUCUUCAUCGCCGUCAUCAGCGAGAGCCGCCGUAGCCGUCAGCCCGCCGUCGUGGUCGUCGAACAGCACAAGCUCGUCAGCCGGCCUCGCGGACUCCACGGCGGGAGCCACAGAUCGUCCGACUCGGACCCCAAGAUCUGAGUACAGGACACGAAAUAGUCUAUUGACGAUAUGAAUGAUGACGUUGGGGAAACGAGAAGGGAAUUACAGUUUUACCUCACGGGCUUCACGAUGGGUCACUACUAAGUAGACCUUUCCAUAAUCACGAUUGCAUGAGAGGUAGGAGGGUACUAGGGGGCAAGUGACUUUAUAGUCGCGUCGUCGCAAGCUCGGGUAUAGGAUGCUGUCGGACUGGAGGUUUUGGGCAAGUAGCGGUGAAUUGCGUAUGUUGUUGUUGUUGUUGUUGUUGUUGUUGUUGUUGUCUG